CAGUAAUACAGUGUUUCCAACUAACUUAUGUGCGCCAAAGCCCAUGUCCGCAUGGUAGCCCUUCUGGACAGUUCCUCGCCCCCGCCUCCCAUCGCCUAGGCUAUCUGCAACCAAGCAGACGCCGAAUAGACACCGACCGUAAUUCGUUGCGUUCCUGGCCUGAAGGCGCUAUGCAUGUACUGGCGUCACCUCCCUGCUUGAGCCACUUCGUGCCGUCAAUUGGGCGCCAUCCGCUUCUGAGCCCGAACGUAGGCAUCAAAUCGCCGUACGGGCUGGAACCGGCCGUGGGAGCAUCCCAGCAAAGCUACCCGUUCCCUCCCAUGUCGGACACUCCGUCAUCUUCUCGACGGUCUCGUACGCGUCCACAGCAGAAAGACAGCAGCGCCUCAUCCCAGGAGCAGCAGGCUCGCCGGCAGGAUGCCCAGCGUCGCGACCGGUCUCCACGUGGAGGUCAGAUUUCGGAUCGGACGGGCAUUGAGCCGCAGCACCAGGACUUGAUUUAUGAAGGCCAUCGGCAAGCUGCUUCCCAAGUCGGCCACCAGCCGCAUCUGCAAUAUUCUACUUCAGAAGACGUCGAGUCCAUGGAGGCCCCUAUGAUGCUGAGGAGUCCCUUUGGGUUUCCCGGCCAUACACACAGCUUCAUCCCUGCUUCCGGAAGGCAAAAUCUUGCCACUCAGCCUCAACCUUCGGCAUAUCAAUCUCAACCACGACAAAAGUCUGCGAGGAGAAACAAGGCACAUGUGGCGUCGGCCUGCGUAAAUUGCAAAAAGGCUCAUUUGAGUUGCGACGUGCAGAGGCCUUGCACCCGCUGCGUUGCUUCUGGGAAAGAGACGACUUGCUAUGAUGUGCAGCACAAAAAAAGAGGCCGACCAAGACUACGGGACACGCAGGAGGCCAGAGCUCAACCGGUACAAGACGUCACUGGACAGCCAUCUCCCGCUGCCGAGGCUCCAGAGAGCCCGGCGUCCAUCGCUCAACAGAGGGAUUACUUCCAAACCCUCAGGUCCAGACGGGGCACGGGUACGUCGACCAGCAGUCAGCAGACGGCCUCGCAUCCAUCCAGUCUGCCUCCGAGCCCUUUUGCCGAAAGCCAUACCAUCCAGCCUCCAACUCAGGAUACUUCGUCCCAUUACGUAACUCCCAUGGCAUUGCUCAACUUGGAUUUGAUCAUCUUAAAAACGAAUGCUGCGUUCAACGUCCUGUUUGGUCACGGAAGAGACUUUCGCGGUAUGGAACUAAGUGAGCUCCUCCAGCAGAACCAGACCAACCCUCUUCCUCUGUUACGGAGUGACCUAAGGAAAGAACGUGAGGAUCGGGAUCCCGCUUAUCUGCCGCCUAUUUUCGUUCCCGGAGAACAAGAAACAGUCCAGGACAUUGAGGAAGAGGACCUCGACAUCAUCACCCGAGGCUACACCGACCGACACUUAAAAUGGCAAUUCCGCUCAGUCUACGGGCAGCCGCAAGAGGUAACAGCUCGUGUCCGCCUCGCCAAAUCGUCGAAUAUCUUCUUCGUCUCCGUUACGCUUCCGCCUUUUCCGGCCAGCGAUAUCCGCCCACAGGUGCCGUCGACGUUUGUGACACCUAUCGCACCACGAGCCUCAAGACCGUCCUCUAGAGCCUCUCGCACCUCCGCUUCGGCCGAGCUCCCAUCAUUACACCCUGCGCCUUACGGCCAUUCUUCCCCGCUGAACGUCUCGGAUCCCCCCUCCCCUUACUCUCCGUACUUUACCUUCCAGGCAAUGACAGCGUCGCUGCCCCAGCCGACAGUCUCGAGUCAUAUGCCAUAUCACUACCCGCAGGGUGCACCUCCGGCUGAGGCCGGGUUCACGCCGGUGCAGUGGUCAGCCGGACCCCACUACCAAAUGUCUGCAAGACCGCAGUCUGCGACGUCGGAGCCCAGAGAUCAGUACCUCAGCGACCAGCGCCCACGUUACAUGAGGACAGCACAAUAUAGCCCUCGUCAGAGGCAGCAGUCAGUGCCGGAAGCAGGGCUGCUUGAGGUUCCUGGACGCCAACUUCAGAGCGGCGGUGCACAGCAGAGUGGGCAGGAGGCACCCUCGGACGACAGGUCCAAGAGACGGCGCUUGAAUAUCAUGGAUAUAAUGGGUUGAACAGUUUUUGGUUUGUAGACGGAUGCUUGCUUUCUUUUCACUAUCUUUAUUGCUUCUUUACGGCAAGGGGUGUGAGGUCGGGUCUGGACGUCUAGGUCAUCGAAAGGGGCCACGACUGAGCAACCAUGGCGCCGACACUCGGUUUCACCAAAGGAGGAAAUGUUUUUGGAGACGGCGUUUUGGGUUCGUUUGCUGUACAACGGGUGUCUUAUAAUCUUGGGUUCUGUUUUUGUAUUUCUGGGAGUUGUUCCCCCUCGCUCCCUCGGGUACUCUUUGGGUAUGCCAGCGGACGCAGCGGGACGACAUGACAAAAGAAAGGGCAGGGAGGAUACGGUCUUGGUUCUCGGUACACUACUACGUUGUAUAUACAGGCGGCAGUCUCUUUCGUCGAGUCGCGGAGUCGUCCUCGCAGAUCACGACACUGGACUCUCAACCGCAACAACAACAACAACAACAACAACAACACAUCGAUAUUGUCCAACGCCAUGA